AUGGCCAACCGCAAAGGUAGAGCAUCUGAUGAGAAGAAGGUAUACCUAGCUUCAAAAUUCAUCACCCAAGCACCUCCAGGGGAGUUUAAGGAAGUAUUCUGUGAUAUUCGGUUGCUGGUUAACAAUGAUGAUCUCCUCAGGAAAAGGAUGGGACAAGCAAUUGCUCAAUAUAACAUGGAUCAGUUCAUACCCGUGAAGGUAGAAGGGUAUGAAGAUCAUGUUUUAGUUACAGAGCACGGGUACCUAGGUAACAACCGAUUUUUAGAUCCAAGAAACAGAAUUUCUUUUAAGUUUGAUCACUUAACAAAAAUAGCACGUGAUCCGCAGCUACGGCUUACAGAACAAAAUUUAACAUAUUUACGAGAUUCCUGUGAUAGGGCUUUAAGAGCCUAUAUGAAACAGAAUUAUUCUACUGGCUUUAGUACUGUUUACGGUAAAAUUAUAAAUGGGAAAAAGACCAUUAUUGCAUGUAUUGAAAGCCACCAGUUUCAGCCCCAGAAAUUCUGGAAUGGAUGCUGGAGAUCACAGUGGAAGUUAACCAUCACACCACCUACAGCACAGGUAAUUGGAAUGCUCAAGUCUCAAGUUCAUUAUUAUGAAAAUGGAAAUAUUCAGCUAGUUGUCCAUAAAGAUAUACAAGAGUCAUUAACUGUUUUCAGUGAAGAUCAAACUGCGAAGGUGUUUAUUAAGGUCAUCGAAAAGGUAGAAAACGGGUAUCAGGCAGCAUUUAAUGAAAACUACCGCACAAUAUCACAUACAACAUUUAAAGCCUUGCGCAGACAGCUUCCAAUUACCUACCACAAAGUCGACUGGAACAAAAUACUUAACUACAAGAUCUCUAAAGAACUCAAGAUAAGAUCUGCAAAGACGCCAAGUUUAAACAUGUUUAAUAGCCCAUUAUAG